CUUCCAUUGGAGAAGGGAGAGACCAAGGGAGUUUCGUCUCUUAACCUAUGGAACUGAAUUCAUUCAUUUUAUUUACAAACCUGGAGGACAGAAAAACUGGAUAUUGAACUCGGUUUGCUUGGCAGAAAGCCGAGGAUUCCAAGCGGAUAUAAUGGGUUGUUGUUACAGUAGCGAGACUGAGACCACCGAGCAGGAUCGGGAUGAAAGGAAACCAUUGAUCCCUCACCCCAAUCCAGAUAGCAAACCUGUCAAUGGCACUGAGCGUAAUCCGUCGAAUCUUCCCUCCACUCGGACUGAUGAGCAGGCUCUCCUCACAUCCAUCCUCACCAAGACAGCACUGAAUAUAAUUGAUGUUUCUGCAGCAGAUUCUCAAGGAAUGGAACAGCAUGAGUACAUGGACAAGGCUCGGCAAUACAGUACAAAACUGGCAGUUUUGAGUAAUACACUGUCACAGAAGAAGCCCACGCCUCUUCCCUCCCUUACCAGUCAACCACACCAAGUGCUUGCGAGUGACCUUGUGCCAUAUUCAGACAUGCAACAGGUUUCGAAGAUAGCUGCUUACGCAUACAGUGCAAUUUCACAGAUCAAGGUGGAUGCAAAAGAAGAACUGGUUGUUCAGUUUGCAAUUCCCUGAUCUGUGCGUUUGCUGGCUGCUCCCUUUUUGUCCCGUCUCUUGUACAGUUUUGUUUUUUCUUUUUGCAACUGCAAUCCCUUUUUCCUGUUUCUUCAAGCUGCCAGCAGCAGCUCUGGUGGAGCUGCAACUACUGACAGCAAACCAGGCUCCAAAAUCAGCUCAUACUGUACAGGAUUUCUCUGAAAACAUGAUUUUUUCAAUCUAUUGUUGGAAGCUGUUGAGGAAUUUUAAAAAUUCAAAAUGCAGUGUUAAGGCUAGAAAAUCUGGUUCCUUAUUUUUGCUUAUUUAAAAUUAGCUUUUUUUUGAGAAGGGUUCAGCUCAAUAAUAAAAUGUAAACAAUGUAAAGUUGGACAGGGGCCAUGUUGUUGAGCAGUCUCUGAAACCUGUUGCUUGAUGAGUAGCUGGUGUGAGAGUGCGGCUGCUGUGGGUUAAUGUUGUCACUUUACACCCACGCACAACAGUAGCUAGUUUUCUACAGCUCAGCGAGUGAGGAUCAGAAAGCCUCAAAAUGGCCGGCUGUCACCUGUAGAGCAUUCAUAAAUCAGGCAUGAACCACACCCCCAUUAGUCCUAAAUCUCUGCCUCAGUGUGAAGGAGGACUGGUUUGAAAAAAAGAACACAAGUUCAAGUCCAGGCCUUUGGGGAAAGAAUGGCCACAGUGUUUACGAACAUCCCUUAGCCUUUCUAGUUUUUCUGAGAUUCACUUUCAGUCUACAAUAACAAAAAAGAAUUAACGGUCAUAGUUCAAAUCGUACUUGCAAGAGUAAAGGCGUGUGAAAUACAAAAGGUGUAUGAAAUACAAUAAUGGUGUAGUGCUGAUUUUUUUCUACCAGUGUAAAGACAUUAUAGUAAAGACAGGACAUGGUGUGUGUUUGCACCUCCCCUUCAGAUAGUAGAGUUUGCAGAAGAUUAACCAUUUGAGAUGGCAGACAGACAUACACCAUUAUAGUGAAUUAGUCAGGGAGCUACAGUAUGACAAACGCAGUCUUAGAUUUUUAUAAAAAGGAAGUGUUUUAUCCAGUUUUUUCCAUUUUUAUGGAAAGGAAAAUGGGAGAUUUUGGUGAUUUCUUUAACCUGGAAUUAGCAAUCCACUUGUCAACCAUCAAUGAGCUGUGUACUUUGAGUGAUUGAAGUUAAAUCGUCAGAAAAUACAGUUAUUUAUUUCUUUUAAAUGUAUUUAUACUCACUUUCUCUCUGUUCUGUUGUGAGAAGAUUUAUAGUGCAAAAGUAAGCACUUUUGGGGUUUUUAAAGGGAUGUACUGUAGGGAUGCAAAACAAACCAUUUUAUGUUUUGGCUUGCAGUGUGCUAAAAUAUAUUUUUCUUUUUUGUCAAUUAAUAUGUAAUAUGACCUGAAUUGUUUAUUACUUCGGCUAGCACCGACAAAGUUUAUUAAAACAUUCUAAUGCCCAUUUUCAAUUUAAUUACAUUAUGCAUUAAAAUUUUCAAACAUAAAAA